AUGGAGGAAUCGUGCGGUGAGUACAAGACGGACGCCCCUUGGUACCCACUGAAAAAAUGGUGGCAGUUCAGCCAGAUUAGCUGUCCAGAUAUUGGCCUGCCACCUGUCCUGGAACCAGGGGAUCCACGGUGGACGAGUGCAGACUGGUUCAAGAGGAGUCUGGCUGCCUGUUCCUGGCUGGGGUUCGUACCGGCUCCUCUGUUUGUGCCGUACGUCUCUGAGUCGAUGCAUCAUGCUGGCCAGAUGAUUAGGAAGUGGAGGAUCAGCAUGGAUGUGGCUCACUUCUACCCCUCUGAGAUUUCUCUGGGCGUCCGAGGUGGAUUUCUGGAGGUUCGAGGGAACCAUGAAGAGAGGCCUGAUGAGCUUGGAUUUAUUUCCAGAUGUUUCUCCAGAAAAUAUAGGCUUCCAGUUGAAGUUGAUAUGACCAAACUCGUGUCCACACUUUCUGUUGAUGGCAUCUUGACUAUUGAAGCUCCUGUUCCAGAAACCGCUGCUUCUGCUGCCAUCAUCGUUCCAAUAAAGGUGGAGACUGAGGAUGGAGAACAAGAAGUAAAAAUAGAAGAUAAAGAGGAAGAUUCCCAGCCAGAAGUUCAUGAUGACCAGGACCAACCGAGCAGCAGCACAGCUCAGCUUGAGCAGGAAGAUGAGGAGACCCAAGAAAAAUCAGCUGAGGAGACCGAUCCUCCACAUCCUCCAGUGCCUGCAGAGGAUGAAAACUUACAGAGUCCGCAAAAAUCUUUUGAGCAACAUAAAACCCUGGAAAGCUUGGAAGGCCCGGGUGCAUCAACCCAGCUGGAACAGAAAGAACCGAUCACGGAUGACGGAGACAUCCAGGUGAAGGAGGAGGAAGGUGAGGCACUUACCCAGCCUGAGGAGCAGGAGCUGGGCACAAGCCCGCCAAGUGAUGUCCAGAGCCAGGAGCUGCAGGCUAUGGACAUAAAACAAGAAGCUACAAAAGAGUAAAC